AUGCUCAGAAAGCUCCACUCGGUCUUUCACUCGGGGCCGCAGAGGAAGGCAGAGGUGGCCGAGGGUUUUUACUACGACGGAGCCAGCCCCGGGGUUCGGCUGAUCCGCAGCAGCUCCAUGUACGUGGUCGGGGACCACGGAGAAAAGUUCAGUGAGUCCUUAAAGAAAUACAAAAGCGCCAGCAGCAUGGACACCAGCCUGUGCUACUUGCAGCAGGAGGGCGACCGGGCGUGGAUGUACUCGCGCACCCAGGACUGCCUGCAGUACCUGCAGGAGCUGCUGGCCUUGCGCAAAAAAUAUCUCAGCAGCCUCAACGACUUGAAGCCCAGCCGCGCCCCAGACAUCUCCUCCUCCACCUCCUCGAAAUCCUCCAGGGGAGGAAAAAAGUACUCCUCCAAAGACAUAAAGGAGGUGGCACUACCGGGCGGCCCAGUGUUUGCUGCUCUGAUGUGCGAGGUGCGGGAGGCGCAUGGGGAUAAGCUGCUCUCCACCCCUGCUGCUCCCAAGGACGCCGUCCGCUGGGAGGAAGAAUGGGGACUCGGCAACACGCCCCGCAUCGUGCUGGGUGAAGGUUGGCGUUAUGCUGCCACAAGUCAGGGCAGCACCGGAAGCUGGCAGAGGGCCCUGGAGCACCCACUUCCCUGGGGCUCUCAAAGAGGGCAUGGCCUCCAGAACUGGGUGAUGCCAGAGCCGGCCCGCAUUACUGUGUCCACGGUGCCUUUCCCGAGGAAGACGUAUUCUGAGCUCAUGUAUAUACAUCAGGAUGAGAAGAAAGCAACCCUGAAGAAGUACUCGCAAUUCAGCACGGAUGUGGCAGAGGCUAUAGCCUUCUUUGACUCCAUCAUCGCAGAGCUGGAUAUGGAGAAGUGGCCGCGAGCUGCUGAGACAGACCGGCAGAAUGAAGACGUGGACUUCGAUGUGGCCACCAGCUCCCGGGAGCACAGUCUACACUCCAACUGGAUCCUGCGGGCGCCACGCCGACACUCAGAGGACGUCACCGUGCCCGUGAUGGACAGCCAGCUCCACAGGACCACAGACUGCAGGACCAUUGGCACCCAGAGGAGGCUCGAGCGGCACCCCAUUUACCUGCCCAAGGCCGUGGAGGGAGCCUUCAGCACUUUGAAAUUUAAGCCCAAAGCCUGCAAAAAAGACCUGCGGCGCUCCAGGCAGAUCCUCUUCAACUUCUCGGGAGAAGGCACAGACUGGGAUGCGGAGCUUUUUGCGCUCGAGCCCCUGGUGUCCCUGGCAGAGGAAUCUCCCGAGGCCGAGAACCCCAGAGGCCAGUGGCUGCUGCGGGAGCGACUCUGGGAGCGGACGGUGCCCUGACAGCCUUGGCCCUGCAGCCUGACUCAGGCUGGGUCCCCCAGCAGGUGGCUGCAUUCAGCACAAAGGAGGUGUGGACAGAGCUAAAGGAAAAAUGGAAAAGGUAACAGGCCACGAGCUCACUGUCUGCAGGUGCCUGGACGGUGCCAAACACGGCUGCCACUUCCUCGCCGGGACCAACACGCGGGCAGGUUGGUCUGUCAUCACAGCCCUGCUGGUCCUCAAGAGCGGAAGGAAUGGAAGGUCUGGGCGCCCCCUGCCUCCCCAGCCCUCCACGCAUCUAUCCAGGUGGCCUCGAGCAUCACACCUGGAACAGGAAACCAGGAAACGCACCCCCACCGGGAUCUCUGGGCCACAGUUUUCAAAGAGACGGCUCCCCUCUCUACGGGCUGAGAAACCCUUGGGUCAGAUACUGAGGUUGCCUCCUUUUGUGUAGAAUGCAGUUCAGGAAGCAGUUUUUCACCGUAACCCUUUUCACAAUAUUCUCGAAACUUCUGCCGGCUUAGGCCAAAGAUGCAGCCAGUGCCUGGGCAGUGGGAUGGGGGAGGGCUGUGUCAGGACCAGCCUCAAAACUCAGCUCUGCUUCCCACAGAGAGUGGGCUUA